AUGGCUAGAACUAGCUCUGCCUGUCUCAGUGUAGCUUCCUUCCUCUUUUUUUCAAGCUUACUGUGGAAUUUCAAUGCUGCAAGGAACACACUCAAACCAGGUGACACUCUAAAUUCCUCAAGCUCCUUAGUUUCUGCAAUGGGGAAAUUCACCAUGGGGUUCCAUAUUUAUGACCACAAUUUGAACUAUAGCUACCUCGUUGUUAAGUGGGCUUCAAGUCGUAAUUAUGCAUGGAUUGCCAAUAGAAACAAACCCAUUUUGUACCCUUUGGGAAUUCUUACCUUGGACCAAAAUAAUACAUUGAAAAUUACACACAAGGAUGGUGAGCCUGUUGUACUUUACUCUGCUUCAGAAACUAGCAAUGCCAAUAAUAUUGUGGCUACCCUUUUAGAUUCUGGCAAUUUUGUCCUACAAGAAUUGAGCUUUGAUGGAUCACCCAAAAGGGUUUUGUGGCAAAGCUUUGAUUUCCCUGUAGACGUCCUUCUGCCAGGUAUGAAAUUAGGUUUGAACCAUAAAAGUGGUCAUGUUUGGUCACUUUCAUCAUGGUUUACUCCUAACAGUGCAGUGCCAGGGGCUUUCACUCUUGAUUGGGACCCGGAGGCACACGAAUUGAAGAUUAGACGGCGCGGGGUGGUUUAUUGGAGCAGUGGAGCCUUUAGGAAUGGGAGAUUUAAAUUUAUUUUGCCUGAUGAAUCCAAGCUGAGGUAUAAUUUUAGUAUUGUGUCAAAUGAAGAUGAAGAUUACUUCACUUACAGUGCUGUAGAUCAAAGUGGUAUAUCAGAAUGGGUGCUAACCACAAUGGGGAGACUAUAUGACUUUGAUGAGACAAUUGAUAUUGCACAAGCAGAUUAUUGUUAUGGCUCCAACACUGAUGGAGGGUGCCAGAUGUGGGACCGGCCAAUUGAUUGCAGGCAUGCUGGUGAUAGAUUUGAGGAAGAAAAGGGUUACUUCAAUCCAACCGGCUCUGGUCGACAGCAACGAGUGAUACUUCAAAUACAAGCUUCAGCAUCAGUGAUUGUAAGGCUGCUUGCUGGAAAAAUUCACAGGUUAUAG